AUGUUUCGAACGCUCUUAGACUCAUUCAGCGAUCUAAGCGUCUCCUUGAAAAGUGACAAGGACGGGACCACAGUCGCGGUAAAGGAACUUCCCAAUGAGUUCGAAGAGCUGUCGCAAGCUUCAUGGUCCGAGAUAGAAGAUAUAUUCACCAAUGGACCGAAGGCUAAAGCGGUCAGGCGACUGCAAAAGGAUCUUACAAAAGGUUGGAAGAGUGCUCGGAAAGAGAGGAAAUUCGAGUUAGUCAAGGAUCUUGGAAUAUCUGAUGAUGAAAGGCGAAUUGAGGAGAUCACCUUGAUUUCAACUUGGACCCAAUCUCUGGUCGGCACGCAACAGGAGCAAUCAAAGAUAAUACACCGAUGUUUCUCAGAUUCUGACAUUUGGACGGAUUUGCGAGGAGCGAAAGGGAUUGAAAAGGCGGUAUUCGAAUUCGAUCUCGCCAAGAAGAAAUUCGUAUGCGAUAGCGCAAGCGAUACCAAUAGCAUUGGAAGCCAGAUGAUCGACAAUCAACAUCAAUGGUGGAAGGCGAGUGGUGGCAUUCUGUCGGACUUCACUGAAAGGAUAACAGAGGCUCAAGGGAGGAGUAACUGA